UAACGUGACGUCACAGCCACUACAUAAGGGGCAGGGCGGCUGUGCUCAUCACCACAAGUUCUGUACAUCUCCUGUGCUCCACAACCUCCCGCCGUCAUGAAGUCUAUGGUUCUCGCGUGCCUUGUGGCCACCUGCGCCGCCCAGCUGGCAUAUCCUGCCUCAGUGGCCUACCGCGUCCCUUCCCACGACUCCGCCAUCAUCCAGAGUCACCGUCUGGGUGGUAACUUCGCCUACUCCACCCACGAGGCUCACGCCUACGCCGUCCAGACACCCGUCAUCGGCCAACGCACCGUGCCCGUGGGUGUCUCCUACCACCAGGGUACCCCCAUCGUCACCUCCUCCACCCAGUACGUCAACCAACAGAUCCCUCAGUACGGCUACGCCAUCCCCCAGGUCGCUGGUGUCGGUGCCAUCCCAUACGGCGCCUACCCCUUCGGCGGCUACCCCUACCCCUACGGUUUCGGUGGUGCCAUCGUUGCCGCUGAGCCCGCCGCUGCCGCUGAGCCUGCCGUCGACACCGCCUAAGGACCUUCCCUCCGUCACUCCGUCACUCACUCCAGCGAUGUAUCGAGACCUUUCCACAUCUCCAUGACCUCCUCCUCCUCCUCCUCCUCCAGCUGUCCCUCACUCUUAGUUCAUAGUCCUGGCAUGGGCGCACCUUGGCGUGGGUGCGUCUUGACAGGGGCCCUUCAUGACGUGGGCGCGUCAUGGCGUGGACGCGCCCUAUAGCAUGGCGAGCGGCGACAGAGCCCACAACUGUGGGUUGGUCGCCGCGCCUUGUACAGCUCCGGUGUACAGACUUGUGUCAUACGUGUAUAGUAAAUUUAUUCAAUAAAGCAACAAACUAAACAA